UGUGUGCGUGCGUAAAAGAGACAUUUAGGGAGUGGUAGUUUCAUUUAAGGGCAGGAAAGUAACAGUCACUCCCCACAACUGCCCCUUAAGGAAGAGGUAGUGUUAAUCCGUAGAGCACAUAAAGGCUGCUUCCCUAACUUGUCACUAAUUAAUGUGCAAGAGUGUGAGUUUCAAGAUUAACCUCGGGCAAAGAGCGGGAACCAGUCUUAGAUCCAAGAGAGAGAAACACGCACUAACAUGGAGGAAAAGGGAUGUUCGUCUGUGGAGUACUCUGUGCAGCGGCAGGUUCUAGAUGAGUUAUGUCUGGACCAAGUGGCAAAAAAGGGCAAAUGGUCAGCAAAGCCAACCUUCAGAGAACAGCUGAAAAGCUUCUUCAGAUGCUCAGUGCCCCAUGCGAAGGAAAUAUUGUUACGUUGGAUACCUGUUCUUGGCUGGCUGCCUAAAUACUCCAUUAAAAAAUACGCACUUGGGGAUUUGAUCUCUGGCUGCAGUGUGAGCAUCAUGCAUCUACCACAGGGCAUGGCAUAUGCUCUUCUAGCUUCUUUGCGCCCUGUGUUUGGCCUGUACACAUCGCUCUUUCCAGUGCUGGUUUAUUUAAUCUUUGGCACGUCCAAACACAUAUCCAUUGGUACGUUUGCAGUGAUCAGUAUCAUGAUUGGAAGUGUGACGGAGCGGCUGGCUCCUGACAGUAACUUUCUAGUUAAUGGUACUAAUGGCACAGUAAGUGUAAAUUUGGAUGAACGGGAUGCUUACAGAGUACAGAUAGCCUGUUCACUGACAGUCCUGGCAGGGUUGUUUCAGAUACUGUUAGGUAUGGUGAGGUUUGGUUUUGUGGUCACCUACUUAUCUGAGCCACUGGUCCGAGGCUACACCACAGCAUCAGCGUGCCAUGUGUUGGGUUCCCAGCUCAAAUAUUUGUUUGGUGUAAAUCCAGCUCGCUUCUCUGGUCCUCUUUCACUCAUUUAUACACUGGUGGAAAUCUGUCGCUUGAUACCGCAGACGGUAAUACCUGAACUGGUGGUGAGUCUGGUGUCACUCACUGUCCUCAUUGUGGUCAAAGAGUUUAAUGGACGCUUUAGGCAUAGGCUGCUGCUGCCUAUUCCCAUAGAGCUCAUAGUGAUCAUAGCAGCAACAAUCAUAUCUCAUUUUGGUCAACUUCCCGAUAAAUACAACAUUAAUGUUGUUGGUGAGAUACCGAGUGGGCUUCAGGCUCCCAGAGCCCCCGACGCGACGCUGUUCUCUGCUGUGAUAGGCGAUGCUUUUGCUGUGGCCAUUGUGGGCUACGCCAUCGCAAUUUCCCUUGGUAAAACGUUUGCUCUUAAACAUGGCUACCAGGUGGAUAGCAACCAGGAGCUGGUUGCCCUCGGACUUAGCAAUACCAUUGGCAGCUGUUUUCAGUGUUAUACCGUGACUUGCUCAAUGUCUCGAAGCCUCGUCCAAGAAAGCACGGGAGGAAAGACACAAAUUGCAGGACUGAUUUCUUCCGUCAUCGUUCUGAUUACGGUGUUGAAAAUAGGGUCUCUCUUUGAAGAUCUCCCAAAGGCUGUCUUAUCAACAAUAGUGUUUGUGAACUUAAAAGGAAUGUUUAAGCAGUUUAUGGACGUGCCUAUGCUGUGGAAGACCAACAAGGUUGAUUUGCUUGUGUGGCUGGUAACAUUCGCAAGCACCAUUCUGCUUAAUUUGGACCUGGGUUUGGCAGUCUCCAUUGCCUUUUCUCUGCUGACAGUUAUCUUCAGGACCCAGCUGCCACGUUAUUCAAUCUUGGGCCAAGUGCCAGGCACCAACUUGUAUCUUGAUGUAGACUCAUACAAAGAGGCUAAAGAAAUUCCUGGAAUUAAAAUCUUCCGUACUUCUGCAACUAUCUAUUACACCAAUGCUGAAAUGUACUUGGAGGCCUUACAAGAGAAGAGCGGCAUUCAAAUUGCAAAGCUGCUGGCAGUAAAGAAAAAAGAAGCUGAAGCAGUGAAGAAACAGAAUAAGAAAGCCAAAAACGAGCAAACUAACCAAAGGGCCAGAAAUUAUCUAAAUGGCAUAUUCUCUUUUGGAAAGAAAAAAAAAUCUGCAGAAGUAAAAGGACAAAAUUCCAAGUUUGCCGGAGCCGAGAACUUGACAGAAUGUCCAGUUAAUAUACUGUUCAAAGGCCAAGUGAACAAAGCCUACGAAUCUGACUAUUCCGACAUGGCCUCCAAGCAGUCAGACAGUAUUACCCUGGCUUCACAAGACAGCGAUGACAAGAUAUGCCCCACUGAUGUUUCCUGCCCUCACAGCCUCAUCUUGGACCUCUCAACAACCAGCUUUCUGGACACGGUGGCUGUCAAGACCCUGAAAAAUAUAUUCAGGGAUUUGGGAGAAAUUGGUAUAGGGGUCUAUCUCAGUGACUGUCAAGCCUGCGUGGUGGAGGAGCUGGAAAGAGCAGGUUUCUUCUCAGAGUCGAUCCCAAAAAGCAGGCUUUUUGUCACUAUUCAUGAUGCAGUGCUUCAUAUCCUCGACAAAUUGGGGCAGACUGACAACUUCCACGAUGUUUUCUACAUCACCGAAAUGUGACCACCAGAGGACAGCCUUUUCCAGUUUGCCAUCUUCCUCUACCCCUUGUUGUGCUGAUGGCAUUCCAUUGCUCACCAUUGUCUCCUUCCCUACAUGGGGAAGAAGUCCAGCACCUUAACAUGGCGGUGCAAUUGCCAUGAAAAUGUAGGGAGCCGUUGCUCAGACAACAAGCUUUUUGUUAUAUUGUCUAAUGAGAUGGGCCAGUAUUUCACUGAAGCGCUCACACUCCAUGGUUAUGAGAGAGAGGGGGUUGAGUGCGAGAAUUUAACACUGGCAGUUGUAUUUAUAGCUUGUGUGAGAGGCUAAAGAGUGAGCAAAAGGUUGCUUAGAUAAUCUAUAGUCUGGUAAAAAUAUUUGUUAUAGUCUGGUCAUUUCACCUGUGAGUUUUUUUUUUUUUUUUUUUUUUUAAACAGCUCGUAGGUUGAAUAACCCCGAACUGCAGUGAUCGUUCAACAAGUAUCAGUAGAAGAGAUCAGGAAGAGCUCAAUUUGUACUGUAUUUAUAGCCAGUAUUGCAAAACAUCCAUGUUGGCAGACAAUGGGUGUAACACAAAUUAAAUGUCGAUAUCAUAGUUUUUUUUAUAAUUAAACCUAGAGUGAAUUACACAUUUCUAUAAUCUAUUGUAGCAUACAGUGAUGCGCUCCAGUUCUCAUUUCAUUAAAACAGGUUAGACCAAUUCAGUAAUGUUAGUACAGGGGUCGGGAACCUAUGGCUCGCACGCCAGCUCUGGCUCUUUUGACGGCUGCAUCUAUCUAUCUAUCUAUCUAUCUAUCUAUCUAUCUAUCUAUCUAUCUAUCUAUCUAUCUAUCUAUCUAUCUAUCUAUCUAUCUAUCUAUCUAUCUAUCUAUCUAUCUAUCUAUCUAUCUAUCUAUCUAUCUAUCUAUCUUAAUAGGCAACGCAGAUGAGGCAGACACUUAUUUGCACAUUGCAGGAAACGGAGACGGUCACCAGCGACUAGAAAGCCGGUUCGCAGUAAUUUUAGUCGGAAAGUGGCAAACAUACAUAUUGUUGUGUCUAUCAAUAACAUAGGCAACCCUGAUGAGGCAGACACACUGUUCAAGUGGGGUUGCCGUAUUUUGCUGCUGAAAAUAGCGGCCGAUGUGCGCAUGUGCGCGAUGUAAACUUCCCACGUUUUUAGUUUUGUUUUCCACGUUGUCAGCUAAUUUUAGAAACCCUUUUGAGAAGAUGGCAAAAAAUAAAAACACAAGGAGUAUCGUACUUUUUAGCAGGAAGGGACAGAGGAAUUUGCCUUUGUGGAAAGAGCUGGUUCUGCAGUAUGUCUAAUAUAUGAUAAAAUUGCAUCUAUCAAAAGGUCAAAUAUAAACUGGCACAUUGACACCAGGCAUACUCCAUUUGCAUCGAAAUAUCCUCGGAGAAAGCAUGUCAUGAGCUACUAUCAAGAGUGCAAGCUAGUCAGCAGCAAUUCUGUCUUUAGGACCCAACAAAGUGACUGGAAUUUGGCUAACUUUGCUAGGGCUUUAGUAAUUGUGAGAAACAGGAAUCCAUUCUCGGAUGGGGAGUAUACCAAAGCAUUCAUGCUUGAUGUUGUUGAACUUUUUGAUGACUUUUCGGAUAAAGACAAGAUCAUUAAAUGGAUAAAAGACAUGCCUCUGUCGGCAUGAACUGCUCACAAUCGUACCAUCAUGAUGUCAAAGCAAAUUGAGGCAACGCAAGUGAAGGACAUAAACGCGGCACCGUUUUUUUCUCUCGCUUUGGAUGAGUCAACAGACGUAAGCAAUUUAUCCCAGUUCGGCGUGAUUGCAAGGUUUUGACUAUGAAAGGGACAAGAGGAGAGGAUUUAUUCAAGUCCUUCACUGCGUUCGCUGAUGAAAAAAAAAUCUACCGAUGGAUAAACUUUUUCGGUGUGCACUGAUGGUGCUCUGUGCAUGGUGGGCAAAAACAAGAGGAUUCGUGGCGCUUCUCCGUGAACAUGAAGUGACGCAUCCUAAGUUUCUCAACGCCUUAACCUCACCAAGUAUCAACCAGACUGCAAAGCCAUCAGCAAAACCAUGUAGCACCAGAAGAAGCAUUAAUGGUAAGAAAUACUCAUCAGUGAUUAGCAACAGCAUAACAACGUUUAUUUAAAAGAAUUCACAGAUUUAGAUUAACUUUAAAAUGGUUGAAAUUACAUUAAAUGCACACAUUACUUGUAUUUUAAAAAUAUGUGGUGUUCAUGACUCUCUCAGCCACAUACAGUUCCCGACCCCCGUGUUAGUACAUUAAAAAUACUCCAUAUACAUCAGCUAUCUCUAUGGUGGCUCUUAAGUGCAAAACUCCGGCAAAUCAAAGAACAGCAAAUUCAAAAUCACGACAUAAAAUGGCAAAUUACAUAACAAAAAAUUCAAAUAACACAUUGACAAAUCAAAAAACACUGCAGGGAGGUAGAGAUCGUUAGCACAUACUGUACUUUUGGCUGGACUUACUGGCAAAAAAACACAAACAUAACUGAGCUUUUGAAGUAUAAUGUAUUGCCACUUGGCACAUCCCUGCUGUCAAGUCUUUUUUGUCUUUUCAACAAUGAGUGUACAAUGUCUAGUGGCUUUGUCCAAUCAGCGAUGAGUGCACUAUUUCCCGUCGAUUUGUUCAAUCAGCAAUGAGUUUUUUCACUGGUACCUACGUUUUCUGGUUCCUAAAUGUUUUUUGAUUGUGUUGUGAUUUGUUUUAUUAAUUUGCUGUUUUCUGAUUUGUUGUGGGGUUUUUUUGUUAUGUGAUUGGCCGUAAUUUUUAAUUUGCUGUUGUUUUUUGAUUUACCGAUGUGUUUUUGAAUUUGCCGGCGUGUUUUUUUGAUUUGCCGUUGCACUUCAGGGAUACUGUAGCUAUCCAUAUUUUACUCAGGGAUACUGUAACUAUCAAUAUUUUCCCACUUAUUUUAUUCAUCCACAGUGUCAAUAGAUGUAUACAAUAUUGACAAAUUUAAACCUGUAUUUUGCUGCUCACUACAAUUCAUUUUCAGUAAUGGCUGUCAAUAACUAUCUGUCAGUUGUGCCAUUCUUUCAGGCUCCUUGUAGGAAUGACAGCUAUUAACAAUUCCAAAAUCCACAAAUGAAUUGCUAACCUUAUGUCGUUAUUCUCAUUCCCCGAUUUGAUCCAAAAUAACCCCUGAAUCCAAAUGCAGUUAUCCUCAGAAAGCUUUCCAUGACAGUCUAACUAGUGCCUACUGUACAUCAUAGCCUACUGGUGUGUUGUAGACCUAGGCGAGGUCCUAAAAGUAACAUCUGCAACUGUAUUUUGCUUUGUUGUAAAGCACUUUGAGGACCCCUCAGGUUUUUAUAAAGAUUAGAUUUGAUUGGAAACAUUCUCAAGGGGUCGCUUAUGUAUGGUGUCAAGUUUCCAAACACAUAGUUAUAACUACACAAUAAGACAAAACCAAACUCGUUCAAAUAAAAGAUCUAUUAAAUAACUCCUGCACUUGGCUGAUUAAAGACACAAUAUACACAUUUGUUAGUGUAAGCUUCAAAUAUUUGUCCUUGUCAUAAAUGUUCGCUUGUACGUACCAGCUACUCAUAUGAAACAAUAAAGUAAUCAUGUUAUUUAGCAAGGGGAAAAACUGCUCUUGGUGCUGCAAUAAACUACUAUUCAUUAAAUCGACUCUCACCUAGUGAGU